AUGUCAAGAAUUAGCUUCGUCUUCUUAUUCAAAGUCAUCGUGGCAGCCAGUAUACUUAUCUUCCUUCUUGAGCUGCAUGCCAAUGAUAAGGCUGUUAUUCAAUACAUGAAUAUUCUGCAACGCCACAAGACUAACAACGGGCACGUUGUAUAUGUCCGUGUUGAUAAAAAUAAAGUACCUCACCAUAAGCUCGCUAUAACAGAUGUAAAGGAUCGUGAUUCUGCAUUUCAACAACCCAAGAACAGUGACAUGGGAAUUGAUCAUUUGCCAUCAAAUUUCGCAUUUUUGAUUAACCCAGCACGGAAAUGCUCAUUUACGAAUUCAACAUCCGAGUCUGUUAUUUUGGUUGGCGUCGAAUCAGCACCUUCUCAUUUUGAUUCUCGCUCAGCCAUCAGACAGACUUGGGCAAACAGAAAUCUACAAAAAAAUCACUCAACUCGAGUAGUAUUUCUUGUAGGUAUUCCAGAGUCUGUGGAAAUCCAAGAAGAACUUAGUCGAGAAAGUCUUGAAUAUGACGAUAUAGUUCAAGGAAGUUUCCAAGAACACUACAGGAACUUGACCAGGAAAACAAUAAUGUUUCUCAGGUGGUCGUAUUAUUUUUGUUUAUCUGCGAAUUUUGUCAUCAAAACUGAUGAUGACGUGUUUGUUAACUUGAUGAUCAUUGUACCACAACUCAGUUUAAUGCCUAAAGGAGAUAUCUAUCUUGGCCAGCAUCAGGGAAACCCUCGUGUAAUUCGUGAUCCUCAGAACAAAUGGUAUACUUCAUACGAUGUUUAUCCAGAUGAAUAUUAUCCAAGCUACAACAUAGGUGCCUUAUACAUUAUUUCUGGAGAUUUAUCUAGAAGGUGUUAUGAAUAUAUAUCGGAGAAUCGAACAGGAUACAUAUCAUCUGAAGAUGCAUAUAUUGGAGUUAUAAUGUCGAAACUCGGAGUACCACUGUCUACAUACAGCAUAUUUGACCUUGAUGGGGCUACACUGAACCAACCCUAUCUCUACUGGGAAUACCCGGUUAUACACGAUGUUUCAGCGAGGAUGAUGCUUGAGUACUGGUCAAGUUUGGAGCAAAUAAGAAGCCGGGAUAUUGAUAAAAUAUUUAAUGACAACACAAAUGCAGAGAUGACCAUUCUGGAAGACAUAUUCCUCGCUAUAGUGGUCACAACGCCAGCUUCCCAGCAGAGAUGGAGAAAUAAUUAUCGACAAGUUGUAAAACCAGCGUCAAUAAUAAAGAAUAAUAGUGUAGACGUGAUUCAGGUUGUCUGCAAGACUGAUAACGAGAUUGUAAAUAUAUUGAGUGAACACGAAUCGUUGUAUUACAAAGAUAUGGUGCGAGGAGAUAUUUUGUGCGAAGAAGACAAUAUGUAUGAAGGUCAUGUUUUUGCAAUUAACUGGGCUAAAGAUAAAUUAUUCUCACAAUAUAUUAUGUUUAUCAACUCGGGUCGUGUACACAUCAACUUAUAUACAUUGUUAGACCUUUUUAAUCAAACCAAUGAUAACAUUGAUGUCGCCUUCUUCUGUGAAGGAGAAAGAUGUUCAUGUAAUGGCUUACAGAGUAACACAAUAAUGAAAUGUGGCCUGAAAGAUAUGGCAUGUGUAGAAGAUAUGGCUUCUUUGCAAUUAUUUGCCAUUCUUACAUCACGAAAUUUAUUAUCACAUUUCGAUCGUAUUGAUAUACGUAAAACGGAAUACAUGGUCGUUAGAUCCAGACUAUUUACUUAUGAAUCGAGAAGGAAAGGAAUAACUGGAUUCGCUUGUGGAUUUCGGCAGUCAUACUUUGCUGAAUUUUGGCGAGGGAAGCCAAAUUUUUAUGAUCUGCCCUGGCUGAGCAUUGACUGUGACAAUAAGAAAUACAGAAAUCUUGUACCCGAACCAGAAGUAUAUGUAUGUUAA